CGAGACUGACUGCGGCGCCCUAUUUCCUUUCCUCGCUGUAAGUGUGAGGGCUACAGCAGAAAUCGAGUCAUCAACCAUCACAAAUUUUAGUCACAAGCAGCGUUCAAGUUUUAUUUGUAGGCGAGCAACACACCAGCUGUUCACAAGGUAGGCCAGGGUGUAGUUUCUGAAGCGCCCCGGCCUGUUUGAGGCGUUUGUUUGAGGCGUAAACAGUGUAAAAGAGGAGUUGUAGGAGUGUUUGACGGUUAUGGCAGCAUCGCGUCCCGUUAAAGGGAUCCUGAAGAACAAAUCCAGCAUCAAAGCCCGAGCAGAAGAGCCAGUCCAGGACACCCCAGAACCAGGAGCCCCGUUCAACUCUGAAGACGACCAAGAGAAGAAAUCACAGAAAUGGGAUGAAAUGAACAUUUUGGCCACAUAUCACCCGGCAGAUAAGGACUAUGGGCUGAUGAAGAUAGACGAGCCCAGCACGCCGUUCAACAGGAUGGUGGGCGAUGACGAGGAUGAGGGGGCGCUCAGCGAUUCGGAAGGGAACACAGUCCUACCCGGAGAGGACCUUGCUAAGAAGCUGGCGGCAGCGGCAGCAGCAGCGGAGGAGGAAGACGCAGGAUCUCGCUUCAUGGAGGAGCCGGACGAGGAGAGCAGUGAGGAAGAGGAGGAGGAGUUGGGUCCGGAGGAUCAAGCCAGAAAGAAGCAGUUUCAGAUGAUGAGGAAGAUGCAUUAUAAUGAAGGUAUGAACAUUAAACUAGCUCGACAGCUCAUCGCCAGCGAGCUGGAAGAGGAGGAAGACGAGGACGAAGAGAUGAAGGAUGACACGGAGACCGAGGACAUCACCGUCGACCCCCCACAAGAUGCAGAUUCCUUGGAUUCAUAAGGAUGUCAGGAUGUGUCCCUCUGCUCAUGCCUUGUCCCAUGAACGUCUGGAAAUCGGUUCAGCUCCAGGAUCCCCCUCCACCCAGUGUCCCCCCCCUGACAUAUCACCCAGCUCCCUCAUUUGCCAAAGGUUCACUGUCAUACCGCUAGAAAGGAGAGUGUUAUCCUAGCGCUCCAGCCCUGGACUCCUCUGACCAGUUCCCCACUGUCUGUUAUUGGUUUAAUGUCCUCUGAACAGCAUGCUCUCUGCUCGGGGGGCACAGAUGUGCUCUUGGGCUUCGACACACACCGCUCACACGAGCUCUGCUGUAUGCAUGGCUUCUCAAAACCAUGUUUAAUUAGAUUGGCACUAAUAGUAUAAAACAGGAGAGUAUUACAGAGCUAGCUAGAAAACUACUGAUCAGCAGAGCGAACCCUUUUGGUUGUCUCUGCAGAAGAUUUUAAAGGUGCGCAACGGUUUUGACACUUACUGAGCUUUCUUUGUGUUGAUUGAUUGCCUUUUUUUUUUUUUCUAAACGCUGAGGUUAUUCGUUUCUGUGAUUUACUGAAGAACGUAAUUAUCCUGUAGUACCAAAAAUAAUGAUUUUGACACCUUGACCCAGCUUGAAAUCGCAGUUGUUAUUCUGGUGUAUUUAUCAAUUUAUAGUCAUGAAUACUCGCACAAUAUAUAUAUAUAUGUAGGUUGUAUAACAAAAAAAGCUAAAUGGGUGAAUAUUGCAAAACCUGACAAGAACAUGUCUAGGCCAUAUUUUGACUUCAAAACCAAAAGAGAGAAGAUGUGUGAUUUUUGCUCAUUACUUUAAUCCCAAAUUAUCGUUACUUGAAUGCAAAACGACUCAUUACUGUAAUGGAAGAAAAUGCUCAGACUCACUGCUGUAAUAUAUUCAAACACUAAAUACUACUGUAAUGUUAAUUACCAUAAUACAAAAUCAUAUUCUGGCCCUGUACCAUAAUGCAAAAAAUAUAUAUAAUAAUAGAGUAAAUAAAUAUAAAAUAUUCAGGCUUGUUAUAAUAAAAUAAAUACUCAAAAAUGUUCUGAUUUACUGUAAAAACUAUUGUGACUCAUUACCAAGAUGCAAAUAAUAAUAAUUUUGACUAAUUACCAAAAUUCUAAAAAAACAACAACACCUCGCUUUACUGUAACAUGAAAACCGAUAAUAAAACAAACAAAAAAACAUCCAGAUGCAUUACAUUAAUGAAUAAAUAAUAAAAUAUAUGAAAACGUUAGUUCGUAUAAACUUGAUUCGUGUAUAAUUUUAAUGAAGGAACCAAAUAAUAAACACAUUUUUGUCCUUUUGAUUUACUGAAAACACAUUCUAAUAACAACAAUAAAGAAGCUCUUGACAGGUCUUCUGAAAUUCAACCACAUAAAUCGAGACGAUGCAUUUUAGGCUGUUUAUUGUCCACAUGAAGACGAGGUCUGUUUCGGAGAAUCUCCUGUCGGUGUGAAUGUGUUUUCACUCGGCCUGCCCUCGACUGAAUGAUGGCAGGAAAUGAUGUAAUCUGUCAAAACUGUGCUGGACACAUUGAACACAGGAGCGCUUUGCAUAUUUCUGAAUUGGUUACCAGUUUUUAAUGAGUAAGGAUGAAAGAGGUCUGGUUUGGUCCUGAACUGUCCCAUCAGUUAUGGACAUGCAUUCAUAUUUGAGUAAGUCAACUAUAGUUUAAUCCUGCAUUCAUACAUCACAAGUGCUUUGAUUUUAUCAUUAUGUUGAAUUAAAUUUUUUCUUCCUCAUACGUUCUGAGUAAUUUGACCAUUUCUGUGUCCAAUGUAUUCUUCCCCAAGAUCGUUUGUUUCUUUUCCUAAACAGGAUUGUCAAAUGAAAAUGUACGUAUUUGUCAGUGAUUAAAAUGUUGGUAUGAACUUG